AUGCCAAAAACAACUCGUUCCGACAGGUAUCAUUUGCUACGAAGUGAUCCAGAAGUAAACGAACCUCCAGUAUCGAUCACAGAAGAUGAUGAAGCAGCAGAAGACGAUGAAGCAGCAAAUAAAUCUCCUUGGUGGAAAGCGUUAAUAAACUUAAUCAGCGACAUUGAGGGCACAAGUAUUCUCGCCCUACCUUAUGCGAUAUCUCAGAGUGGUUUAGUGGCGAUAACAGCACUGGUUGUUCUUCCUUUUGUCGCCUUCUACACUGGAGCAAUUCUGAUUGACUGCCUUUACGAUGAAAACGAUGCUGGAGAAAGAGUUCGCGUCAGAUCCAACUUCAAACAACUUGGUGAAGCUUGCUCGCCUCGUUACAGCGGCACCAUAGUUUCCGCUAUCCAGCUAAUCCAUCUUCUUCUUGUCGCCUCUCUGUACCUGGUCUUGUCCUCUGCGCUUGCUAAUGGUAUUUUUCCAGAUUUACCGCUGUCAAACAAAGCCUGGAUUGUUAUUGCAGCCGCUGUGGGACUUCCGACGCUAUUUCUGAAGAAUUUCUCUCAAGUCGCUUGGUUGAGUUUGAUUAGUGUGAUAGCUAUAUUUAUGGCUGUUGUUGCUAUUUUAUCCUAUGGAAUAGUGCAUCAUCCAUCAUGGACCCCAGGCGAAAUCUUAGUGUGGGAUAAAGACAGUGCACCUGUUACAUUGGCAAUCUGUAUCUCAUUCUGCUACAACUGUCACUCUACUUUGCCUGGCCUUGAGGCUAGUUUGGAAAAGAAGUCGCAAUUUCGCACAGUACUUGGACUCACAUUAUGUUUCGUUGCCACCUUAAAGGUGGUUUUUUCAGUGUGUGCAUUUUUGUCAUUCAGCUCUAACAUCCAAGAAGUAAUCUCUAAUAGCCUUCCCGUGGGAGUUAUUAGCAUCAUUGUCAACGCUUUUUUAAUUUUGAACGUAGUUUUUUCAUAUCCUUUUGUGGCUAUUAUUAUCAUACAAAUAAUCGAAGAUUCAGUGUCCCCUGAUUGGUUUUCAUUUGAAAUACCUCAUGUUGUUUGGUUUGUUAGCAUCCGGGUUGCAACAAACGUUCUUACUCCCCUACCAGCAAUUUUAAUUCCACACUUUGUGCUCUAUAUGGCUUUUAUUUCAAGUUUGACAGGAUCAGCGACAAUGUACAUUUUACCGGCGCUUUUCCAUCUCAUUUUGAAAAAGAAAGAACUUAAACUGUACCAUUAUGUUUUUGAUGUAUUCAUUAUUAUCUUUGGUGUUUUUGUCGGAGUAACAGGCUUGGUGUACACUGGGAAAUCAUUGUUUUAA